UUAUUUUGUUUAGUGUUCUUACAACUAUUACAACAAUAAGUUGUGUGUCACAUUACAUUAACGAUAACUGAACAAAUGCAAUGUUCCUAGAAAUAUUGUUAUUCCUAGUCCUAAUAUGUAUAGCCGAUGUCUUGGCACGCAAUCAUGCCACCCGAAAUUUAAUCAAUAUACCAUUAGUAUCAAAGCUGCCCAUAGUGGGUAGUAUAUUGGUAAUAUCUACCAUAACACCAGAUAAUUUCCAUAUAAAAUGGCCUCAAUAUGUGAGACGCUUUGGUAAAACAUUUGCUGCACGCAUUAUGGGUUACUUAUCCGUAGUAACCGUUGAUCAUCGCAUAGUUGAGGUAGUACUUAGCAGUCAGGAACAUUUGGAAAAACAUUUUUUAUAUCAAUUGCUCAGCGUAUGGUUGGGCAAUGGUUUGUUAUUGAGUAGUGGAAAAGUUUGGCAUAAAAUGCGUAAAAUUAUAACGCCUACGUUUCACUUUAAGAUUUUAGAACAAUUUAUUGAGGUUUUCGAUGGUCAGACAGAUAUUUUUGUAGAGAAACUAAAGACGGUGGCUGAUGGCCAGAGAAUAUUGAAUAUUUAUGAUUAUGUGGGUUUAUUGACCAUGGAUAUAAUAGCAGAAACCGCCAUGGGUGUGAAAAUAAAUGCUCAAAUGGAUGCAAAAUCGGAUGUGGUUAAAGCGAUUAUAGAAGUCACCGACAUUAUGAGCAUACGUUUUAUUAGACCGCAAUAUGCCUAUAUACCAACGUUACGUCUAUUUUCUCCCAAAACCUAUCAUUCCCAAGAGAAAAAUAUCAAAAUAUUACAUGAUUUUACAGAUAAAAUUAUAGCCGAACGCCAAAAAUCUAUUUUAAAAGAUAAAGAUCAAAAUAAAGGCCUUGAACCCAACGAUGAUCCCCAUGAUUUGGGCUUAAAGAAACGUAUGGCUCUACUAGAUGUCCUACUACAGUCCACGGUAGAGGGUGAAACCUUAACGGACAAACAAAUACGAGAUGAAGUAAAUACCUUUAUGUUUGAGGGCCAUGACACUACCACUUCAGCCACUUCAUUUUGUCUCUAUGCCCUCUCGCGCCACCCCGAAGUUCAACAAAAACUUUUUCUCGAAUUAAGAGCAUAUUUUGGUGAUCAAUUAAAACAUAACAUAACCUAUAAAGAUCUACAGGAAUUGAACUAUUUAAAUUGUGUCAUCAAGGAGUCCCUUAGAUUAUACCCCCCGAUAUUAGCCAUAGGACGUAUUUUAAAGAACGAUUUAAAAGUGGACAAAUAUUCCAUACCCGCCAAUGCCAAUAUUAUUAUUUUAUUGUGGGAAAUUUUACGUGAUCCUACUGUCUUUGAGGACCCCUUACGUUUUCUACCCGAGCGUCAUCAAAUGAAUAAUGAUCGUGUAAAUGCUUUUAGCAAUAUACCCUUUAGUGCUGGACCACGCAAUUGUAUUGGCCAAAAGUUUGCCCAACUGGAAAUGCGCACCAUAUUAAUCAAAGUUAUAAGAAAUUUUGAAUUGUUGCCUUUGGGAGAGGAGGUUCAACCGACAAUGAGCAUUAUAUUGAGAUCGAAAAGUGGUGUAAAUUUGGGUCUACGACCGCGUAAUUAUGGAGAACCCAAAGAAUGAGAGAUGGUUUAUUAGUGUUAUGCGGAAAUAAGGAAUUUGUAAAUAAAUAUUUUGUAAAAUGUUAUAUACAUACAUAUUAUCUGAAAAUCAAAACUUUUUUAAAUAUAAAUGUUUAUUAGGUCCAUUAUGGUCUCAA